ACAAACAACUUCCUGGGUUUAAUAUUUUUUUUACCAAUGGCAUUUUAUUCUAAAAUCUCUGAUUUUACUUUCUUCAUUCUUGUUCGAAAAUUAAAAGCAACACAGUAAAUUACCUUUUUGUUGCCUCAAAACGAAAUACUGCAUAUGAUUUCCAUUAUUAUCAACAAACACCAAAAGAGACUGAACAGAGGUUUCAAACAUCUCUGCAAACACUUCUGUUAGAUACUGUAAUAUUUACCCAGGAGAGUAUGAUAUCUGCGCAAACGCAUGUGGCUCUGUCGCCAUCUAGGUUUACUUUUCAGACAGUGGCACUCGAAACAUCGUUGCCUAUGGCUCCACCAAAGCCGCGGUCCUUGCAGAGCAAGGGAAACUACUUCAAGGUCUCAAGAGUGAGUGACGUCACCGAUUUAAACGCUACUAACGAAGUUUUUUUUUAUAACGUACUACUAGCGCGUACUACUAGCGCGCACCACUAACUAGCUAGCCAUGUCACACCUGUCAUACUCAUACAGUACCAGCCAAAGAUAUUGAAAGCACUGUACACAUGUUGUGCUCAAACACUGGCCUUAUAAUUAGCUACGACAGAGCAGAGAAUCUCUUGAUAUGGUUAUACAACGCUUCACACAUUCUAGAAUAUGUGGAAUGACACAUUCGACUGCGCAUGGCCCAUGUCUGUGCCCCACCCACCAGUAAAUAAAACUAUUGUAGCGAAAUUAGCAAUGUUAUGAUAUUUCAGCACACAGUGUCCUUUUUUUAUUUUCCUAACCUAGCUAAAUGUUUGGUUUUGUCAUUUAAUAUUUUAUGUGUAGCAUUCCAUGGUGCUUUACCCUCGUGGUCGUCAUUAUCACGCCUUCCUGGAAACACAAGACUUUCUUUGCUCUUAUGCACGCUCUUCUUGAGCACGUUCAAUGGGUCUGGCUGCUUUAUGUGUGCUGACGAGUCUGCUCUACCCAACAAUAGCUAAUUGAAAAGUAACCUAAAAAAUAUAUAUUUGGAAAGGAAUUGGUAGUCCCCUGUUAGGGAUUGCUCGCGUUUCUCCGGCCUGGGUAGCGUUAGAUAGCUAAGCUAACAGUUAGCUACUAACUACAGUAGACGGCUUCAGACAGGAAAAUGGCCAGUGUUUCAAUCCCUGAAAACACUACCGCACUUUUGCUGGAUAUUGAAGGAACUACGACACCAAUAACGUUUGUAAAGGACAUUUUAUUCCCAUACAUCAAAGAUCAUCUCGAGGAGUAUCUGUCGGCGCACUGGGAAGAAGAUGAAUGCAAACAAGACGUGCAUCUCCUUAAGAAACAGGUUGAAGAGGACCUGCGUCUGCACCGAGCGUGUGCGCAGCACUCCCUGGACCAGUCUGGGCACACGGACGAGGAGAAAGCCAUCAGGGAGGUGGUGGACAACGUGCUGUGGCAGAUGGCUUCGGACAGGAAGUCCACGGCUCUGAAACAGCUGCAGGGACACAUGUGGAGGGCGGCCUACGCUGCCGGGAGAAUCAAAGGCGAGGUGUACCAGGACGUGGUACCGUCCAUCAGGAGGUGGAGACGGCAGGGCCUGAAGGUCUAUAUCUACUCCUCUGGCAGUGUGGAGGCUCAGAAACUACUGUUUGGAUACUCUGUAGAGGGAGACGUACUAGAUCUAUUUGAUGGCCACUUCGACACCAACAUGGGCACUAAAGUAGAAAGUAAAAGCUAUGUGAGGAUUGCAGAGAGAAUGGGCUGCCCGCCUGAAGAAAUCAUGUUCCUGACGGAUGUCACACGAGAGGCCAAGGCAGCGGAGGAUGCUGGUGUGAACGUGGCUGUAGUGGUACGGCCAGGGAACAUGGAGUUGACAGAGGAAGAAAGGUCUCACUAUAACCUCAUUACAACCUUCAGCCAACUGGAAGUGACGGGCAGCGCUUAACACUGGAGAAGAGUGUAGGGGGAGGGAGAAGAGGGUAGGGGGAGGGGGUAGAGAUGCUGCUGUCCGAUUUUCCCCUUCACCUCCCCAAAGUGUAUGCUCAUUGACUCCCCCUUGUGGAUAUAGAAAAACUGAUUGGUCUUCACAUGGGAGUUUUCACCAUAUAUCUUACACCUUUGCAUUGUUUUUAAAUCUGAGGGGGAGUAACGAAUGCACACUUCAGGGAGAAGAGUAGAGAAACAGAACACAACCACAGAGUGGGAGAACACACUCACUCACUGGCCCUGUUCUAUCAAGUUCCCGCUUCCCCUAGCACCUGCUGCCCUUAGGUCUAAUGAAAGGACUGGAACGGUAAAAGCGACGUGAUGGACUCUCCUCUAAACCUAUUGGAGAGCCAGGUGGAGCCAUUGUCUUAUUGCUUUCACCUAUCUAGUCCUUUCAGAGGCGAAGGGAAUGAGCUACUAACCGAACUGGAACCGGGCCACACAUGAGAACUGUUUGUGGGAGGGGAAUGGGAUGGUCGGCCAUUGAUCAAAGGACUUUGGAAGUACACUAAGAGGGGAGCCUGGGUGCCAGUCUGUUUCUGCUCUGGCCAGUGUAGCGUUGUUGRACACAGGAACUGUCGGGUAUCCAGGCUACGCACAGGGUGGGUGGUGGGGAACAAGCACUAAGAGCCGUACCAGUUUGCAGACUGCACGUUUAAGGGACAUGACAGGGUUUCUUCUUUUUUUUUAAGCAUUUUAAAUAAAAACUAUUUAAGUUGA